AUGGCGUUUUGCUUCAAAUUUACCAAAGUCAUCAAGCAGGGAAAGAUAUGUGAUGGAUGCAGACACGUCAAGGCCAAGCUGAUAGUGGGCAUGAUGUUAACCUGUUCGUUGGAGAGCAAUUACCAGUCAAUGACCCUGUGCAUCUUGGCCAAUGUUGCUGAUGGAGACUCGGCAAAAGAUUUUAUCAUGGGAAAUGAAGAUGUUUUAAAAAAGCUAAUGAAUUACAUGAUGCAUAGUAAUGUUAAUUUGCAAAUAGCUGCCACUUUCUGCAUCUGCAAUUUAAUCUGGAAUGAGGAAGAAAGUGCAUCAGAAAGGCAAGCCAAAUUGACAGAGUUGGGUGUACAUAAAUUGCUACAACAGCUCUUAAGCACAAAUAAUACAACUCUUUUUGACAAAGUGAAAACAGCAAUGCAGCAGUUCACAUGACCAGAAAUAACUGUCACAUGGGGGGAAGAGAACACCUAGCAUUGGACCUGGGUUUCACUCUAAGACGAUUUCUUCAUGGUGAGGUUAACAUCUCUAAUGCUCCAGAUGAAACCCAGCUUUAUAAAAAACAAGUUGCUCUCUGUUGUUGUGAACUUUCCAGUGUUCUGAAUAUUACUUUUGUGACAGUAAUAGCAUGCUAGAGAAUGAGGUCUCUAAGGCUCCAUUCACAUGGUACAAUGUUAACCUGGAGCAGUCUGGUGUUGGUUCAUAUUACAACAUAAUGGAUGCAGUGAAGAGCUGAACAGCAACACUGAAUAGUGGCUGGUGUAAAAAUGAAUGUACUUUUAGGUUGAAAUAAGGAAAAUACUAAGCUAUAUAGGAUUUGAAUAAGGAAAUAAAAAUUCUGUGAGCUGAAACGAAUUCAGUUCCCUCAGGGACUGAAAUGAUUGAAUGUCCAGUAUGAAGAUCACAAUGAAAUGAUAUUACAUUAUUACAUUGAAUGUAAUGAAAAUAGAUUACCAUUGCUGGUUUAGUAAAUACAUAAUAACAAGCCACUCAGUCACUGGCAAGGAAGGAAAUGCUAGAUGGCUAUCCAUUUUAGUUGUGGCUGUAGUCCUAUUAUGGAUAUCUAACCAAGGAGAAUGAAAGCUGUUAUCACUCUGAAUAGAGCCCAGACAAGUCAGUCAUAGUAACUCCCAAGGGUUAAAAGUCCUGCAUGGUGGUUAUUUGGAUAAUCAUUAGCACACUGUGUGUAAAGAAUAGACACAGCUUCAGAGCAAAAAAUGUGUUAUUGUUGUAAGCUAACAUGAGAAAUAACCAGUCUUUUACACAGCUAAGUUAAAUAUCAGGGUUCCUACUUAUUUUAUGAUUAAUUCUUGUGGGUCAUAACAAAAGAUACUGUACUUUAGCCUAAUAACUUUUGGUGCAUUUAUAGAAAAAAAAUCAAGCAAGAACCCAUAACAUUGUAUUCUAAGUUAUCAAUGUAUUUCUAUAUUUUCAUUGAUUAAUAAGGUAUUUGAGCUUUCUUGCAGAGAGCAAAUACAUAACUCUUUGCCAUUUUAUUCGAGGAUAAGUUUUUUAUUAUCCGUUAAUAUCACCAGAUUCUGGUCUUCAUUUACAUUAUUUACAUUACUCAAUAAGUUAAUACAGUUGUGAAGUAAAUAAACAUUCUGAAGGGUUUUUAUUAUCAUGGCCAUUUGUGUUCAUACUAGAAUC